UUGACAAUCCGUUCUCACUUCUCUCUCGUCUAUAAUCAGAUCAGAGCAAUAGCCCACAGAUUUUGCCCGAAAUGGGCAGUUUCAUGGCCGAUUUUCUCCAGCAGUGCGGCGGCUGCAGCGUCAUUGACGGUGGCUUUGCGACCGAACUGGAGCGCCACGGCGCCGAUCUCAAUGAUCCUCUCUGGAGCGCUACAUGUCUCAUCAGUUCUCCCCACCUCAUCCGCCGUGUACAUUUAGACUACCUUGAUGCUGGGGCCAAUAUCAUUUGCACAGCAUCUUAUCAGGCUACAAUUCAGGGUUUUGAGGCUAAAGGAUUUUCUACGGCUGAGAGUGAAGAUUUGGUAAGGAGAAGUGUUGAAAUUGCACUUGAAGCACGUGAUAUCUAUCUCCAACGGUGUACUAAGGAUUCUUGGGAUUUUCUUGGAAGUGGAGGGAGUUGGGGAAGGCCGAUUCUGAUAGCCGCCUCGAUUGGCAGCUACGGGGCUUAUUUGGCUGACGGUUCUGAAUACAAUGGGAAUUAUGGUGAUUCAGUGACUCUAGAAACACUGAAAGAUUUUCACAGAAGAAGAGUGCAAGUUUUGGCUAAUGCAGGUGCUGACUUACUCGCGUUCGAGACGAUUCCGAACAAGUUGGAAGCUCAGGCAUAUACUGAGCUUCUUGAUGAAGAGGGCAUUCAAAUUCCUGCCUGGUUUGCUUUCAACUCCAAGGAUGGAAUCAAUGUGGUUAGUGGGGAUUCAUUAUCUGACUGUGCCUCCAUUGCGGAUGCUUCAAAGCAAGUUGUUGCUGUUGGAAUCAACUGUACUCCUCCCAGAUAUAUUCAUGGGCUAAUCUUGUCAAUUCAGAAGGUCACUUGCAAACCUAUAUUGGUAUAUCCAAACAGUGGGGAGACUUAUGAUGGUGAGACCAAACAGUGGUUGAAAUCUGAUGGAAUGAUAGAGGAAGACUUUGUCUCAUAUGUAAGAAAGUGGAAGGAAGCUGGAGCCUCUCUGUUUGGUGGGUGUUGCAGGACAACUCCAAACACAAUCAGAGGCAUAGCAAAAGCGCUUUCCCUUAACACCGUUUGAGCUGUUUUCUAUUUACAAGCUUUGACUUUGAUCUUACAGCGUUUUCAAGAUGCAAUAAUUUUGAAACUGAUAGUGAUGGAUGGUUCCAUUGCAAACCACCAAAUACAAAACUCGGGUUCCUUCCCAAAACUAGAAAGGGAAGAAGCUUGAAGACAAAAGCAAGAACUCAAUUCCAAGUGUGGAGCGGAUAUGAAGAUAUAUACCAAUCUUGUACUGCUCCUACACUCACUGUCUCACUAAAUCUCUAGGAUUUGGGUUUAGAUUCUCUAAGAGGGAAAAAUAAGAGCUAAUGUUGUCGGGUUCUGUAACAAAUAUCAUUUGAUGGCCAUCUCUGGUUGUCUUUUUGGUGGAGCCAACAGGUUUGCAUCUGUGUUGGAAUCCUCUGUUUUUACCAUGUACUGUAUCAAAGAGUAAGUUAUGGAUUCUACGACUUAUUUGGAGCAACUAGCCUUUUUCUGGAUCAACUAGACUUUUUCAA